AUGGAGCAUGCUAAGUCUAAUGUUAGGGGAACACAUGAGCACGGGUAUGCAGUGCUUAAUGCGUACCAGUAUAUGCUUGAAGUUGCAAAUUCAGGAAGCAAGACGACAUUGUUGCUCGAUGAAAAUGGGAGGUUCCAGUACUUCUUUGUAUCAUAUGCUGCUUGGAUAAUUAGUUUUCAAGAAAUGAGAAAAGUAAUAGCCGUUGAUGACACAUUUCUAAGGAGCAAGUAUGGAGGAAAUCUGCUAUCGGCGGUGGCACAAGAUGCCGAGAAUCAUAUAUUUCCAGUGGCUUUCUGUGUCGUGGACAAGGAAUGUGAUGCCUCAUAUGAAUUUUUUUUUCAAAAUAUGAGUAGCUUUGUAGAUGAUAUUGAUGAGUUGUGCAUUAUCUCUGAUAGGCAUUUAAGUAUUCGAAAGAUGGUUUCGAGAAUCUACCGUGCAUCUCAUUAUGGUUGUUGCAUGAGACACCUCGAGGAAAAUAUUCGAAAUAACUUUCACAAUUCAAAGGUAGUGUCCCAUUUUUAUAAAGCAGCAAAGACGUACGAUAUAUGUGAGUUCAAUGACCAUUUCAAUCAAAUAAGAGAUUUGGUACCAAAGGCCGCUGAAGCUCUUGAACGUAUUGAAUUUCACACAUGGAGUAGGGCAUUUUGCCCGGAAAAUAGAUAUAACAUUAUGACGUCAAACAUCGCGAAAUCGGUGAAUGCUAUGUUUGAUGUUGAAAGAGAAUUUCCCAUUGUCGCUCUAUUUGAUGAAAUAAAUAGGAGAUUUGCAUUGUUAUUUCACCAUAGGCGUAUGGAACUGGUUCACUCCACAAAUAGAUUUGUUCCUUCAAUUGAAAAAGACAUAUCAGAGUAUGUCAACGCAGGCAACAAGUUAUUGUCCCAUCAAAUCGCUAACUACAAGUUCAGUGUCACUGGUCAUGGAGAUGUUGUUAUUGUGGAUCUACAAAGAAAAACUUGUACUUGUAGAAUUUCUGAUUUGGACAAAAUACCUUAUCCACAUGCCAUGACAACGAUUCGAUCCCAACAUGGUGAUGAUUUUGGAAAUCAGAUUUACCUGUACUCCUCUCCAUAUUAUUCAGUGGAAAAAUACAUAAUUGCAUAUUUUCAGGAAGUUCACCCGGUGCCAACUGAAGAUUCUUGGAUUGUCCCUUUGGAUAUCAUACAGAGAGAAAUACCUCCUCCAUAUGUUGAUGCAAGUAUACCCGGAAGAAGGACAUAUAAGAGACGGCGUGGAGUUGGUGAAUCAUUUCCAACAAGAAAAAAUAAGUGUUCAGUAUGUAGGGACUUUGGCCACAAAAAACUACAUGCCCAAAUCAAAAUGGACCAUAAGAAGUGUUAA